CGUUGACGUCUCAAUAACGUUAACUGGAUGGGUCGAUAACACGGCGUGCGCGUGCGGGCGCGGCGCGAGAUAUUUUAGGACGAUUGUACACGAGUCCCAUAUGCGACUGGAUCGUAUGUGAGCCGUCGUUCACUUUAAUUUAACGUUCCUAAAUUCAAUGAAAAUGCCUGGUGUUGUCGACGUUUAUCCUCCACCGCCCCAAAACUGUUGCCAGCCAGGAGUUGCUCGAUCUUUGCUUUAUAGUGGUUCAAGGUUUCAAGGGCAUCAGAAGAGCAAAGGCAAUCGUUACGACGUGGAAGUCGAGUUGCAACAUGUUGAUGAAGAGAACAGCUACCUGUGUGGGUACUUGAAGAUCAAAGGCCUGACUGAUGAGUUUCCUGUUCUAGUAACUUUCUUUGAAGGGGAGAUCAUAGGGGAGAAAUAUCCAUUUCUUACAAGAAAAUGGGAUGCAGAUGAAGAAGUUGACAAGAAACAUUGGGGUCAGUUUUUAUCAUUUUACCAAUACACCAAGACUUUCAAUCAAGACAACUUCAACUAUGAUGCCCUGAAAAACACAGAUUAUGUCUUCAUGAGGUGGAAAGAGCACUUCUUGGUGCCAGACCACAAAGUUAAAGACAUAAGCGGAGCAUCAUUUGCUGGAUUUUACUACAUUUGCUUCCAAAAGUCAACAGCAUCGAUAGAAGGUUACUACUACCACAGAAAUUCAGAGUGGUACCAGAGUUUGAACCUGACACAUGUAGCUGAUCACAGUGUACCCAUCUAUCUGUUUCGGUGAGGCAGUAUCUGCUGCUAGAGUUCUAUUUAUUUUGAUGCACAAUAGAUAUUGUAAAUAGAGUUUUGUCUUCAAAUAUUAUAAAGAUGUGUAUUUUCUAUUUCUGAAUAUUUUGCCCCAUCCAGUCUCAUUUCAAAUAUGCAUAACUUGAGGUAAUGUUGUAUGGUGGAGCAGAUGAAUUCAUAUGUGAAGCAGGCCAAAAACAAAAACAAACAAAAUAAUAAACAAACAAAAAGGGGGAAGAGGCAAAUUUUCCCGUAAGUGUCCAAAAUGUCCUUAAUAAGUUGCUACUGAGUUCUAUACAAAGUGUUAUUCAUGAAGUGAUUAAGUAGGGGUGGGGGUUUUAAGAAUUGUUUAUUUAGAUCCAAGUUUGACAUGCUAAGUGAGGUGCUCAAUCUAAUGUAUUGAAACAUGAUGUCAAUCUUUGAUAGUACUCGGUCAGUAUAUAGUAUUUUCAAUAUGAUAACCCACUAAACCCAGUUUAUAGAAAUCUAAUAUAUAUUGUUAUUGUUAAUAGAAGGUACAUGUAAUUCUUAGGACUGUUUCAUCAAUUUUUGUCAUCUGACAAAUUGUCAGAUCUAACAACUUUUGCUUUACUUUGUUUCGCUGAGUAGGGCAGUUCCUUAUGGUAAUUCUCGAAUAAAACAGACAUUGUCAGAGAAACAUCUUACAAGUCUUUUUUUGUGACGCUCCCCUUUACUGUGUAGGAAUUCCUGAUGUAUUACAUAUGUACAUUUUGCUGGUGUGAAGAAUCAUAGUUUUAUAUAAUGUUCUUUGGUAUCAGCAGAUAAACCUAAGUUCUACAAAGCUUUAACAUGUACGGGUGUGCAUUGUACAGGAGCAAACAUAUUUUGAGUCUGAGAUGAAAAUUACGAAAUAAACUCUUUGUUCAAUUUCAAAGAUAUGACAGUAAUAAUAUGCACUUUUAUUUAAAUGAAUUGGCAUGGUCCUGACCAUUUAUUAUCUUCCAUUAAUUCAUGUGUUGUAAAUUCAUUAUGAAAUAUUUUUUAUUGCUGAUUUCAUAAUCAUUUUUCAAUGAAUUUGGGAUAAUACACUUUAAUACAAUAUAAUGUUAUGUUAUUUUGAUAUCAAUUUACAGAAAGAAGUGCAAUUUACAUGUUGGAUUUGUUAUUAUUUAAAAAAUAGUUGAGCUCAUUUUGGUACUUGUGUGUGUUUUUGUUUUCAUCAUAGCUGCCAUAUUUCAUAAGGUGUGUUUCAUAAAACUGUUCAAAACUUGUUAUUUUCACGAUUGGAAUAUUAUAUUUGAUGCUUAGUAAUAUUUCCAAUGCUUUUUGUUUCAUUUUUUUUCAUUUAUUCAUGUAUCUACAACAACUUUCAGUAAAAUUUUGAAGUAAAAUGAUAAUUGAAAGAUAGAGUAAAACGCAAGAAAAUAGAGAGAGCUUUCUAAAGAGAUGUCACCUUUAAUUUCACAUCAGCUUUUCAUUGAAAAAAAAAUCUGUGUAGAUGAAAUUUCUUGUCGCCGACAAGCAUUUAAAUGCAAAAUUUAAUUUUGUCAAUUUUUGUCUGAACAGGAUUAACAAGAAUUGAGUACCACUAUGUCUGUAGGAGUUUUCAUGAACAAAUUUCUAGCUUUCUUGAUUGACGGAUCGAUAUUUGUUUUCUAAUUGUAAAGUCAGAAGUUAUACACACAAUGAAUUAAAUCAAUGCAAUUUUGUAUGUUCAAGGGGUGUGUCAUUGGCAUAUGAUAUCAUGCAAUUAUGUCUAGGUUCAUUUAAUAAUACUGGAGAUCAGUGGCAGAUCCAGUUAGGGGAGGGGCAUUUCCGGCCAUGCCCCCCCCCCCAUCCCUUUUGAGAGUCAUUGUCAAUAUUUUUAAUGUAAAUUUAAGACCCCCUUUUUUUCUUGUCAAAUUUUCCUUGGGAAAAUGUGCCCUACCCCCCCCCCCCUGGAAAAUCCUGGAUCUGCCCCUGCUGGAGAUAUUGAUUACUUCAGAAGUGUAUAAAGUAGGAUAUGUAGAGUCAAUCAAUCAGGAAAAAAAUCAGAAAUAGAGGGGAAAAAAGAAGAAAACUUUAAAGAGAAUUAAGCUUCCAACGGUGAAUAAGCAGGGAUGCCAGUUGAUGAUAUGAUCUGUAAUGUCAGAAAUACUGCAGGUGUUAUGAAAAAUCACCCCUUUUCCUUAUGUUUUUUCAAUACUUCUCUUGCCAGUUGCAGAACAGUUGAAGUAGUGAUAACUCUGAUGCUAUUUCUCCCUAAAUGUUAGUUAUUGCCCUCAAAAUACUGCAUGAGCUCAUUGUAAAUGAGUCAGAGCAUACAUAAUAAAAUCUUGUUAUUGAUUACAAAUCAUAGUUUCAUGACAAAUUUGAUCUUUGUCAAACAAAUGGCACGAUGUUUAUAACAGCUUGUAACCACCAUCAGUAAAAAUAUGUUUGAUUAUAACACAUUGUACAUUCAUAAACUUAUUAGUGCUUUAGAAACAUUUGAAAUACUGAGGCUCUAUGCAUUUUGUUUAUUACCAGGGUAUAUUUGAUUGACUAAUUUUAUUUAAUAUACAUGUACCUACAAUGAAUUGAAUAAGCUUCUACUCCACAAAAUAGUCAAGCAUGUGUUAUAAAUGUGAUUGUCAUAUUAUUAUCAUAAUAUGAUGAAGGCUUGCAAUGCAAAGGACAAAUUUGUUUUUAUAAUAAAUGAACUUGAAAAAUGAUAA